AUGGUAGAAGGGGAACCGAACUCUCCAACAUGGAAGUUCACACAAUGUUUUGGUGAUAAGGGCGAUGUAGAGGAUAUCACAGAGGUUCUAUUACGCAUGUGGGGGACAAAGCUGACGCGUGAGAUCACAGCGGACAUAAUAUCGACAGUCGAGUUCGAUCAUACGGGAAACUACCUCGCGACUGGAGAUAAGGGAGGGCGGGUUGUUCUAUUUGAGCGGAAUGAAACGUUCCAUACCGAAUUUCAAUCUCACGAGCCCGAAUUCGACUACCUGAAAUCCCUCGAAAUAGAAGAAAAAAUCAACAAGAUCAAAUGGUGUAAACGACAAAAUGCUUCGCAUUACCUCCUUUCAACUAACGACAAAACGAUCAAAUUAUGGAAAGUCUUUGAGAAAUCGCUGAAGGUGGUAGCUGAGAACAACCUAUCACACGAUCUAACACCGGGAAACUCUGCUGGAGGUGGAGGUGGUGUACGUCCGAUCUCCAACGUCCAUUUCGGUAGUUCCCACGACCUCAAACUACCCCGCCUCACACACCACGAUACUGUGGUAGCCGCUGUACCUCGUCGAACCUAUGCCAAUGCUCACGCAUACCACAUUAAUAGUAUUUCUGUGAACAGCGAUGGGGAGACCUUCAUCAGCAGUGAUGAUUUACGUAUAAAUUUGUGGAACUUGAAUAUUCAAGAUCAGAGCUUUAACAUCGUCGAUAUCAAGCCAGCUAACAUGGAGGAGCUGACCGAGGUUAUUACAGCCGCAGAAUUCCAUCCACAGAGCUGCAAUUGGUUUAUGUAUGCAAGCUCGAAGGGCACGAUUAAGCUUGCAGAUAUGCGAGAGAGCGCUCUGUGUGACCAGCAUGCCAAGCAAUUUGAGCAAGAGGAAGAUCCGUCAGCCAGAUCUUUCUUCUCCGAAAUCAUCUCCUCAAUCUCCGACGUCCGAUUCUCCCAUGACGGACGUUACAUCCUCUCGCGUGAUUAUCUGACAGUCAAGAUCUGGGAUGUCAACAUGGAGAGGCAACCUGUAAAGACGAUCCCUAUUCACGAACAUCUCCGACCCCGUCUUUGUGAUACGUAUGAGAACGAUAGCAUCUUCGACAAGUUCGAGGUUGUUUUCUCUGGAGAUGCUAAGAAUGUUAUGACGGGCAGCUACAACAACAAUUUCAUGAUUUAUCCUUCGGAUCCGGAUAAAGAGGUUGAAGUGGUUCUGCAAGCCGACAAAUCAGCAUUCAAGGCAAAGAAGGUGGGUGUGCCGACCCCGAUCAACUCGUCCACAAGCCCUACAGCUACGAAUGGUGGAAAGAAGGGCAACUCGAGAGCUGGCAGCCCGGCAGCAGGAGCGACUGGCCAAGGUGGUAGAAUGCGGAAGGAGACUGAUGCCGACCAAAUUGACUUCAACAAGAAGAUAUUACACAUGAGCUGGCAUCCAUUUGAGGACAGCAUUGCUAUUGCGGCAACCAAUAAUCAUUCCUCAAUCCCUCAUCCCUGGGUUCUCAUCUGCGUCCAUGAUCAGGCUUUGCUAGUCAUCAGAAACGAACCCAGCAUCAUAGGUGUCAAAGGAACGAUCCCAUACAAAUACGAGGGCGUGGUUUAUGGAAAUCUGGGAAAUAGCAGUCAUUAUGGCGCGAUGGUUCUCAGUUUCUCAAUUGCGGGAGACUGCGAGCUGAUAUAG